CUUUGAUGAGCGGAUAAAAAAUGAAAAGAAAUAUAAGGAAACGCAUAGAACAAGCGGCAGUCAUAUGGUUGCACGUGCACAGCACUGUAGCUGUACUAGUCUGUAAAGCUGUAUAGCUGAGCUUGAGCUGAGCUGACUGAAUAAAGAACUGGAUGUAUUAGAACUCAACAAUGUUUGAAGCUGGCAACAUGCUUGGUCGAAUUGCAACACAAUGCAAGAUUGAUACUGGACUCUAUGCAGACUCAGUAGAGUGGUGUCCUACCCCAACUCUACAGGACUAUGUAGUCUGUGGGACGUAUGAACUUCAAGAAGAUGCAAGCACAGGCAAUGGUCAAGCUCAGGAUUCUGAAGAUGAAGCAACAGAUAAUAGAAAAAGUACCAGGAAGGGACACCUCCAACUCUACAAGCUUCAAGUGGAAGAAACGUUAUCAUCAGAUGUGAAUGGGACCCUUGAAGAAGUUCAAAAGAUUGAUAUGCCUGGAAUUUUAGAUAUCAAAUGGAAUCAACAUUUGACUGAUGGCAAAACACAUCUUGGACUAGUUGAUGCAGAAGGGGAUCUACAACUCCUCACACUAAAUAAAACAGAGGUAGCUAAAAUCAAGUUGGUAAAUAGUCAGCUGAUCCCUUCUUCAAAAACAAACCUCGGACAAGAUUGUCUUGGUCUGAGUCUUGACUGGUCGACUGGAAAAUACGCUAGUAACCAACCAAGUAUUAUCUGUAGUGACUCAAAGGGGAGACUGUCUCUGUGUACAGCACAAGAGGGCGCUUCAUCGUUCGUAGUCCAACAGCAGUGGUUGGCACAUGGCUUUGAAGCAUGGAUCACAGCAUUUAACUACUGGUCUUCAUCCGUUGUUUACUCUGGAGGUGAUGACUGUAAGUUUAAGGGAUGGGACACACGGACAGAUUGCCAACAGCCAUUGUUUACAAGUAAAAGGCAUAUGAUGGGAAUUUGUAGUCUUCACUCAAAUCCUUUCAAAGAGUUUUGCUUAGCUUCUGGAAGCUACGAUGAGAAUGUUUUCUUGUGGGACACACGCAGCAUGAGAUGCCCCACCUCAGAGCUGUCCGUUGGGGGCGGGGUCUGGAGGUUGAAGUGGUGUCCCCUGGAUGGGAGCCUUCUGCUAGCAGCCUGUAUGCACAAUGGAUUCCACAUUAUUGACUGCAAUGAGGCAAAUACAGGGAAUGGAUCCAUGUCAGUUAUCGCUUCUUACAUGGAUCAUGGAUCACUUGCGUAUGGAGCAGACUGGUGCAGGACCACACUUCAAGCUGUCUCCCAACCAUGUGACACAUUACCCACCCACAAUAUAGGGUCACCAGUCCACUCAGACUGUUUAUUCAGUACAACUCCUUUAGCACCAGGUUCAGAACUCUCUCAGAUUGAAAGCGCACCACCCCUUUUAGAGAAGGGGCUACCAGUCUCAAAUACAUCAUCUUCUGCCAAGGACUCCAUACUUCCUAGUGAUCGUCUUGAUGGUGGAGCACAUGAGAAAGGAUCACCACUCAAAAAUGAAAGUAUGGGAUCUUAUGAUUGUCAUGGAAGUUCUGCUCAGGAUCAGACCUCAAAAUCAGAACAGUUAGAACUUGAUGUGAAAUUAUCAAAAGUGACUCAGGAUUUAUCCCUAGCUGAAAAUAUUGACCAAUCAAGGCCUAUGAAAGGAACAGAGAAAGCAGAAUCAUCUAACAGACCAGAAGAAUCAAGCUAUAAUACAAAUAGAUUAAUUGGUACAUGUUCAUUUUAUGAUCACCAUUUUCAUCUGUGGACUUGGAAUCAAAUGGAAACAUUAUAAAGUUUUGCUACAUUCUUAUUGUUUAUUCUAUGACAGUUACAUACAUUUCUUGAUUCCUUUUUGUUUUUUAUUCUAUUAUCUUUUUGUCUUCUUUUUGAGUCUUUGCGAAGAAUUUGUUGGCCUUCUCUCUUUAAGUACAUUUUUUCUCAUUCAGAUAUCUGUCUUGUGUCAUCCAUGUCAAACUCCCCGCACACUAUAAGAUCUGAUUGUGAUCCAAAUUUUGACAAAUUUGUAAUAGCAUAUAAACAUUUCAAGUUAUAAAGCUUAAUGAUUGAGGACCUGAAAAGUGAUGAAUGAAAUCUUAAGUUUAGUGGAUUCCAAGUGAGUCCUGGAAAAAGGAACAGCUAAAUUGGCUCAGAAUCAUUGUGACAUCAGACUAUUAGUUUGAUUGUCUAAUAUUUGAAGUCUACUUAGCUUCUAUUUUAUCACUUAAAUUCCAGUUGUUAGUAUUCCCAUUACUUAGAACCUAAAUAAAAAAAAUGUUUGAGUAGAUUUCCAUAUCCAAUACAAUUGCUAUUUCAAGAAGCGGUGGACUUAACUCGUGUAGAUGAUUUUUUUUUUUGUAAUCCAAGUUUGGAGAACACUAGAAUUUGUGGUUCAGUACAAGAGAAAUCAAUUGUAUGUCCUUGACUUUGCAUGAUAUAUCCUGGUUAUAUUUACCAAUUGAUCUUAUUGAAUAUUACUGGUUAGACCUCCGACGCCCCCCCCCCCCCUGUAAAUGCUUGAAAAAUAUGAUUUUCAGUUUGUCACACAGAGUGAUAGAAUAUUACCACCAGCUUCAGGAGAAACGUGCCAUAAGGAAAGGUCAUCAUCAUAAAUCCCCCUUUUAAUACCUGAACCCUCUCUGAAACUUGAUUAAUUCCCAGGUGGGGCAACAAUUUUAGCUGCAUGUGUGAUAAUUCAUUGGUAAUGCCAAGCAAAAGUGAAAUAUCAUGCAUGUGGACUGCUAAAAGUAUUUCUUUAAAUCAUCUGUCUGCCUGUAUUUUGUAAAUUUUGCUUUUAUGUUCUUAUCUGUGCUGCAAAAAAUGAUAGCAAUUACAUUGAUCAUUUGUUACCCUAAUCAUGUUUUCAAAAUAUAUCCAUAUUAAA